UCUUCUGAAAUAUGGACUAGUUCUUUCUUCACCGACACUGUCGGAGAUACUACAACGACAAACAAAAGAAAAUCUGCGGACGUCUGUCGGAGAUUUACGAACCGUUCUCAAUUUUUUUUGAAAAAAGAAUCAGCAUCGGUAGAUUUUUUUUCGCUCAUUUUCAUUUCAAGGAAGUAGAAACACUUGUUUUAGGGAAUAUCCCGUUAUUGGAUGAUUAGCUGAGAUGAAAUAGAGCGGCUGCCUUGAACACGGUUGGAACUGGGUCUAUGAAGCCAGGACUAGUUCUUUCUUCACCGACACUGUCGGAGAUACUACAACUACAAAGAAAAGAAAAUCUGCAGAUGUCUGUCGGAGAUUUACUAACCGUUAUCGGAUGAUUAGCUGAGAUGAAACAGAGCAACUGCCUUGAACACGGUUGGAACUGGGUCUAUGAAGCCAGGAAGCUGUGAGGUGCGACCACAAGAUAUGAAGUUUACCAAUCGCCUUGGGCAGAGAGUGGGUGCCUCAAAAGCUGUGUAAACAUAUGAAAAUGUUCCGCCUAAGUUCUGAAUAGUUAACGAGGAGGCAAGAGGAAAUGAUCAAUCGUUUGGUAGGAGUCCUAAUGUUCCCCAGGGGCACAGCCUUCAGGAAUCUAGUAGCAGCACACAUCAUGAUCAUCACGUACUGCUGCCCACUUGCAGUUCUAGGCAAAGGACCCACAAAAUCCACAAUGAUUCGGGAAAAAAGCUCCUCAAAGGCAACAACCACACUGUUGCGGACAUGUACGAGGAGAUUGAAUCUUUCCAGUCAAAGCUGAACCUUUUGGAGAGAGACAUUCACGGCAGAAAGUUGCACUUUCCACGUCUGCAGGAGCAUUGUGAGAAGAAUGAAAUGUGGGAAGAUCCAGUGAUGAAGGAUUUCAUGACGAGCCUGGCAGAAAACUUCAAGGAACGAUUUGAAAGCUCCCCUAAACUCUCAGAUAGUCUCAAAGCAAGAAACUCCAAAUAAUCCAUAGAUUGAGGGAUGACUACGCAAGCGUGUGGAUGUCAGCGAGUUAGACUGGUGCGAAGAGUUUAAAAGGAGACAGAUUUGCAGAGUGGACGUCAGAGGAGCAGGCGAAGGAGUGGAGGGAGACAGAGUAGGAGGGCUUUGGCUCAAUGGAGCUUUGGUGAUAACGGGUUGAAGCAAGAUAUGGGCCUUCGAUGGUUUCGCUGUCUUGUCACAAUUGCUUACUGCUGAAUAUCUGGGUGGAAUUAGCCUUGCCAUUGGGAGUGGUUAUGCCUUAGUUGCAGCCUUCCGUAAAAUGGCUUGAACAAUGGAUGGCAAGGUGAAAGAUGAGAAGACAUCAGCGAUUCUAUGAGAAAGUAGUGGUGGGUGUUUUGAUUACUCUGGGAUUGUUCUUCAUGUUGUGGGAUAAUGACCAACAUCGAGAGACUGAUGAUGUUGCAGAAAAUGUUCAACACAAAGAUUUGCCCGAGGGUGUUACUGCUGAUGCAACUAAAUCAGUACUCAAGCCAAAGUGCCAUGCAAAUAAGACAUUGUUGCACCUGUCUUCAUUUGAUCAACAGAAAGAGCACAUAAAAAACUUCUUGAUGUAUAAACACUGUCGAGAAUUUGACAUGAUUCAAAAUGUCCCAGACAAAUGUGGUGGUCGAGAAGGAUCUCAGAAUGUCUUCCUGCUCCUGGUGAUCAAAUCUAACCCUUUCAACCAGGAUCGGCGGGAAAUGGUAAGGAAGACCUGGGGCAAAGAACGCAAUUUCAAUGGAGUCCUAAUUAAGAGAGUGUUUAUCUCUGGUGUCUCUCCUGACCAAAAAGAAAAGAAGAAAUUGAAUCAGCUGUUAGCAAUGGAAAACAGAGAACACAGAGAUGUCCUACAAUGGGAUUUCUUAGAUACCUUUUUCAACCUCACCCUCAAACAAUACAAGUUGCUGCAGUGGGUCAGUGAAUUUUGUCCCAAUGCUAAAUUCAUCUUCAAUGGAGAUGAUGAUGUCUUUGCCAACACUGAUAACUUGGUUGAUUACUUGCUAGGUGUGAAGGUUCACCAACACCUGUUUGUGGGCCAUCUCAUUUAUGGGGUUGGGCCCAUUCGCCAGAAGUGGAGCAAGUAUUAUGUGCCAGAGCUAGUGACCACCAUCAACUCCUACCCACCAUACGUUGGUGGAGGGGGCAUACUUAUGUCUUUGUAUACAGCUCAUAUCAUUUACCACGUAGCCCAAGACCUUGAACUAUACCCCAUUGAUGAUGUAUUUUUUGGGAUGUGUCUGGCCAAGGCUGGACUAGCCCCACACUCCCAUAGCGGAUUCAGGACAACUGGAGUCAGGGUUCCUUCAACCCAAGAUGACUCUUUCAAUCCUUGCUAUUACCGUGAGUUGCUGCUAGUGCACCGUUUUCGGCCUUUCGAACUGCUAUUGAUGUGGGAUGCAGUGCAUGAUGCUAAUCUGAAAUGUGCUUAUGCUUCCUAGAAGUCUGCAUCCACGAAAAGGACCACAUGAGUCAUGAGAGAAUGUAGCAACUGCUGGAAUGUAAUGCAGUUUGUGCACAUGUAAUCUUUCAGUUGUUUAUGCAAUAUAAGAAGGUUAAUUCCUAAAUUAUAUUGAAGAGGAUACAUUAAUUCAUAGGGUUGGUGCCUCUCUGCAUUCUACAAUGUUUGAAAAGCUGUCAGGUGUCAUCACUCAACUUAAUACUGACUGCACCCAUAAUGACAUUACAAUAUUGACAGAAGCACCACAAUUUAAGUCAAUUGUAAAGUUACUCCAAGUGAGCAGUCCUUGUUGCAUUGCAUGCAGGUAGGUACAGCAUGUUCACUUGGGAGAUUUGUAUAAUAAACUACCAAUACAAUUUUUAGUAACUGUUAUAACUGGGCAUUUUUUCUUGCCAUUUCUUACAUGUCCUUUGCAAAAUAUGAAGGAGAUAAAUGUGUUUCUUGGACUGGAACUGUGAGAACAACUAAGAAUCCAGAUCUAAAAUUGUCUCAGGGUUGGAGGAAAUGAAAAACUUAAGAUCAUCACUUUUGUACUCAAAUGUCAGCCUGCAUUGUGUCUGUGUAACUACGUAUCAAAUAAAAGCACACAUGCAAGAGA